CCUGCCCCUCCCCCUGGCUUUGUGGAAAUCCCCAACAACAACGUGCUCAGCUUCGUCUCAAAAUAUUUUGGCUUUUUCGACCGUUUCAGCUCGCUUCCCUCACACUCAUCAGUGACUCAUCUCCUUCGGACAGCCGUAGCGGGAUAUACAAGCAUUUCCUGCAUCUCGGCUCUUCCUCAUUUUCUCUCAGCCGGGAAAGGAGGGAAAUUAAUGAUGGAAGAGCAAAGUGUCGACAAUCUGUCUCUGAGCCAGAACCUGCCACUGAGCCAGGACUCCUUUCAGCAGCUGUGGGAGAGUGUAUGUACACCCUCCAUCUCCACCAUUCCAGCUGUAACUCCCUCCAUGUUUACCGCUUUAACGGUGAAUGAUGCACCUCAUGAGGGAUGGAAGACAGAUGAUAUCAUGCUUAUGGAUGACCAAGUGCUGCAUGAGGGGUUUGAUGAGAAACUGUUUGAGCUUGCCCCGGAGGUGUCCAUCAAAGAUGGCGUCACUCCCCCAGCCUCCACCGUCCCAGUCACAACCGACUACCCGGGGGAAUUUGGCUUCCAGCUUCGUUUUCAGAAGUCCGGCACCGCCAAGUCCGUCACUUCCACCUAUUCGGAGCUUCUCAACAAACUGUACUGCCAGCUGGCGAAGACCAGCCCUGUUGAAGUGCUGGUGAGCAAGGAGCCUCCUCAGGGUGCUAUACUCAGGGCCACGGCGGUUUACAAGAAGACCGAGCACGUGGCCGACGUGGUCCGUAGAUGUCCCCACCACCAGAACGAAGACAGCGCGGAGCAUCGCAGCCAUCUGAUCAGAGUGGAGGGCAGCCAGAGAGCUCUGUAUUUCGAAGAUCUGCACACAAAGAGGCAGAGUGUGACCGUCCCGUACGAGCCUCCGCAGUUGGGCUCCGAGAUGACAACCAUCCUGUUGAGCUUUAUGUGCAACAGCUCAUGCAUGGGAGGAAUGAACCGCAGACCCAUCCUCACCAUCCUGACCCUCGAGACUCCAGAGGGACUGGUUUUGGGGCGGAGGUGUUUUGAGGUGCGUGUCUGCGCUUGUCCAGGCAGGGACCGCAAAACUGAGGAGGAGAACAGCACCAAGACGCAGAACGGCACCAAACAAACCAAAAAGCGAAAGAGCGCUCCUGCUUCUGACACCACUUCUGUGAAGAAGUCCAAACCUGCCUCCAGUGCAGAGGAGGACGACAAGGAGGUGUUUGUUCUAUAUGUUCGUGGACGUGAGCGUUAUGAGUUUUUGAAGAGAAUCAACGACGGUCAGGACCUGCUCGAGAAAGAGAACAAAACCAAGAGCAGCGCGUCUGUGAAACAAGAGGUUCCUCUGCCCUCCAGCGGCAAGAGACUCCUGCAAAGAGGAGAGAGGAGUGACAGCGACUGAGAAGCUUUGUUGCCUUGAUCAUGCGAGCAAACUCAAUCUCGUACCCCUUCCAAACCAUCACGUUUAUUUCAGGUUCUUACUCGUCAUUUGAACCCCAAAAUCACGUCCUGCCUGAGUA